AUGGCCGACACGGAAGAUGCGGGCACCAUCUCCGUCUCCGAACCUUUGGAUCUGGUGCGCCUUUCCCUGGAUGAAAUCGUCUUCGUCAAGCUCCGCGGUGAUCGCGAGCUCAAGGGCCGUCUCCAUGCAUACGACAGCCAUUGCAACUUGGUGAUGGGAGAUGUGGAGGAGACCAUCUACGUGGUAGAGGAGGAUGAGAACGAGGAAGAAAUAAUUCGAACAAUCAAGAGACAGGAGGAAAUGCUCUUUGUGCGAGGAGACUCCGUCGUUUUAAUAUCCCCGCAAGCCUGA